AUGGCUUCAAUAAAUUAUUGCUUUACAGUUUGUCGUGCAACCGCAGAACAAGCUCAACAAAGAAAUCAUUCGAACGAAUCCUCAUCAACAGCUAUGGAUUUUUCUAAGUCACCAUCUCCCACCACCGGUGCUUAUUUUUUUGGGCGAUUUUUUUCAUUUGGUACGACACCGCCUGCAUCUCCCAUCGAUAAUCCAUUAGCUGCCAAAGCAGCGAAUCUAGAUGAUGUUAAUCAUAAUAUCUAA